AUGAAUGGAGAUCUGAGCCUCUCACAGUCGCUAGGCGGCUUGCGCAUUGCGAAUCCUGACGAGGACCCAUCCUCGCCGUCUCCGCCGCCCUCGCAGCCCACCGCCAGCCAGAACGGAGCCCCUGCCCCCCGAUCCUCAUCCCCUUCGCAAGCAUCGACGGAGAGCACCCUCACCAUCACAGAUAAAACGCCUCUGCAAGACCAUAUCUCCUCCCCGCCUCUCCACGACCAGAACCUGUCCAUGAGCCAGUCCCUCGACGCGGAUACCGCGACACCCCCUACUGCUCCCUCUCCGCUUGCUGCCGAGUCCCCAUCAAAGUCCUACCCCAACAACCCGCCGCUAUCCCAUCGUCAAUCUUUACCCCUCGCACACCAUGCCCAGCAGCAGUCUUCUGCUCCUCAGUACACUUCCAGCCCCGUCGGGCAGCCGCGCGGUGCUCCCUUGUCACAGCACAUGCGCGAUAGGCCCAUGACCACCAUCUACAACCAUUCGAACCUUUCCUCCAGUUCCGCAACAGCCAUAUCUACCCCGGGCUCGUAUCGCUACAGGGACGACAUGAUUACAGGAGAUAUACGGCGGACCAGCAGUUCCAGGGUUGCUCCGACAAGCAACAUGCAUGGCGUUAUACCUUCCCGCGAGUCCAGCAGAAGUGAAAGGUACCGUCAACCAGGUCAGAUGCCCGGCGGUAACGGCCCAUUGCCUCCGCGAAGGAGUUCCCGAAGGCUACCCGAGGGGAAUCCUAGUUCGAGCAGUGUGCCGAGCAUGAACUACUUGUCCAGUUCGCCGUAUGGCAUAGAAGGCGGUCCUCUGCAUAGCAGCGAGGAAUGGAAAGAGAAGGGAGCAGCUGUGUCAACAAGGCAGGAACUGGAUCAGAAUGGUCGGCCUGUCACACGCAUCGUUAAGAAAGGUGUCAAGGACUUCAAUUUCGGCAGGACCCUCGGCGAAGGCUCCUACAGUACAGUGCUGGCCGCUACCGACCGCCAGACGUUGCGAGAAUAUGCCAUCAAGGUUCUGGACAAGCGACAUAUCAUCAGGGAAAAGAAGGUCAAGUACGUCAACAUUGAGAAAGACACCUUGAACCGGUUAACCGAACACCCCGGCAUCGUACGUCUGUAUUACACCUUCCAGGACGAGCGCUCCUUAUAUUUUGUUUUGGACCUCGCUUCCGGGGGUGAGCUACUGGGCUUCCUGAAGAAGAUGGGAACCUUCGAUGUUGAAUGCACCCGCUUCUACGGCGCCCAGAUCCUAGACGCCAUUGAUUAUAUGCAUGCCAAGGGCGUCAUACAUCGGGAUCUAAAACCGGAGAAUGUACUACUGGACGAUCAAAUGCAUGUCAAGAUUACCGAUUUCGGCACGGCAAAGAUUCUGGAGAAGCGGUCGGAUGGAUCUAACUCUGGCGACCCGCUUGAUGGUAUGGAGUCGGAGCGGGCACAAUCGUUUGUUGGAACCGCUGAAUACGUCUCACCUGAACUGCUGACUGAGAAGAACGCUUGCAAAGCGAGCGACCUAUGGGCCUUUGGCUGCAUCAUCUAUCAGUUGCUCGCUGGCCGACCCCCCUUCAAAGCGGCGAAUGAAUAUCUGACUUUCCAGAAGAUUGUGAAUCUGGAGUAUUCCUUUCCAGAUGGAUUUCCUCCCGUCGCGAAAGAUUUGGUAGAGAGACUGCUGGUUCUAGACCCCAUGAAGCGGUUACCCAUCGAACAUAUCAAAACUCACGAAUUCUUUGAUGGCAUCACUUGGGGUAAGGGGUUGUGGAAACAAAAGGCUCCAAGACUGAAGGCAUAUGUUCCUCCGCCAAGGGAGACGAUCAGUCUGAACGCUCCUACAACCCCUGGUGGGCCCGUCACGAACCAGGUCCGGCCGCCCAGGCUAAUCACCGAGUUGCCACCCCCAAGUCAGUUGGAUAUCGAAUGGUCUCCUGUUUUGACGAAGAGGGACGAGCGCAUUUUGAAACUUGGCAACAUGCUGGUUACGCAUCACCAUCCUGGUCACCCCGUUGGUGGGAAAGACGAAGCUGCAGCGGACACACCUAAGAAGUUUUCGCGUUUCUUUGGCGGUAACACACCGAAAAAACGACAACGUUUGGUGAUGAUCACCUCCAAUGCUCGUGUAUUGAUGUGCGCCGCGGGCACAAACGACAAGAAGCUGAAAGAAGAGAUCAACCUGCUGUCACCGGGUUGUACCUGGAGAAGCUUCCAGGAUUCGAAGGGACUAACCGCUUGGUUGGUCGAAACGCGUGACAAGCAGUUCGUAUUUGAAGACUGCAAAAGCACCGUCAGCGACCCCAACGGAAGCAAAUACUCCACCCAGGAGUGGAUUGAAAGCAUUGAGCAGGCCAGAGACUUCGCCCAAAGCAUGGCCAUGUCUUAUUCAGGCUCGGCCUUGAACGACCUCAGCUCAAGCUUAUCCAGUCCCUCCAGCGCGGUAGGAGCCGAUGCCGCCCUGGAUGGCGUCAACAUCCCAACCGCAAAGCAUCUUAAAAAAGAUCAUGGUGAUGCUGAUUCUGUCAAAGGGCGGAAGCGGUUCAGUAGACGACAUUCGAAGAACGGCCUUGCGAACUUCUAG